CAUCCGCACACAAAUUCGCAUCUCCAAGAAACUUUAAUUACUAAUAUUAUUAUUUUAUGUUAAAUCAAUAUCAAAACAUUACAUGUUUAUACUUAACUACAUGUAGCCAUCUUAGCAUUUUUCAACAUCCUUCUGAUUUAUAAGGGAAACAAAAACUAGAAUAAAAAUGGAAACUACACAUUCUCUUCAUCGUCAUUGCUUCAUCGUUUUGCUUCUUGUUAUAUCCGCUUCUUAUGUGUCUUGUUUCUAUUCAAAGAAUAUCAUCAACGGUUCUUAUCAUGUAAGAGGAAUUAAAAUUGAUCGGAAACGUGUUCUCUCCAGUUCCAAAUCUGGAGGAUAUCAACCGAAUAAACAGCCAAUAUGCAUGGAUAAACCGGCGCCUAGCGAUAUAUUGCCCAUCUUUUGUGGUGAAGGAUAUGUUAUCGCUGAGAUAAAAUUCGCCGACUAUGGCCAACCCACUGGUAACUGUGAAAAGAACACGCUUAAACGUGGAAACUGCGGCGCACCCGCUACUUUGAGGCUCGUCAAAAAGAAUUGUCUUGGAAAAGAAGAAUGUUGGUUUCCAGUAACAGACGAGAUGUUUGGUCCGACCCAUUGUAAAGGACCUGUUAAAUUCGUUUUUUCCGGUACUUGUAAGAAAAAAAUGAACUCAAAGGAUUAGUGAUUCUUAUAUAUAACAAAUAUUGUAUUCUUUUUUUUUUUUUUAAUAUCAAAUUAUUGUGAUCACUUUGAUAGAGCGCAUCUUUAUGUUGCUAAUUUAAGCAAUCCCUUGAAUCAGGUUCUUGUU